AUGGGUUCCUCCGAAUCCAAACAGAUUGAGGCCCGGCUACUUACCUCGUCCUUGGACAAGGCCAAGUUCAACAAGUCCUUCAACCUCUACUACGAGUCUAUGCGCUACGGUUUGAAAUUUGUCAUUGGCCAACACAGGAACGAGCCCUCUAACAUUAUAUCUCUUCCUUUGGGAUGGUAUGGCGACUUGAUAUUAUACAGCGGCCCGGGCACCGAUUCAGACCCGCUGGCUGUGGUGAAGUAUGGGAAUAGAAUGGCCACGUUUGAUGAAGUCCGACUGCCGCCCAAAGGACCUGGUCAGGAGCUCAUAAAGGAAGAAAUCCGAUGUCAUCUCAACGGCAUGAACUUUGCUUACACCUUUGCCGUGGCAGUGGGCGAGAGUGGGCAUCCCGAGAGGUUCGAAUGGCGAAGCAGCAAGACCGAGGAGGUCAGGGAAUUGGGCGAAGUGUCUCGUGGUCGGAAGCUGGUCCGCCUCAACCACGGCGAUGAGGUUGUGGCAGUUUGGAGCUGGACGAGGCUCAGAUGGACUGUGAACAAGGGAGCAGCCUUUAGCUUUACAAACAGCGGCGCCACGGGCGAGCUGGGAAAUGCGUUUGCGAUUAUGGCGGUGACGUCGUUUGUAAGGCAGUAUCAGAAGGAUGUCCAGGCGAGUAUCCGUGCCUGA